AGUGAACAGCCCUAAAAAUAUUUCCACCGUUCACAAAUCCUCAUCGUAUUGCCCUAUGUUCUUCUAUUUUACUGUAGGAAAGAGAAAACCCCAAGGGUGGAAAAAAACCAGAGAAAAUUAUAUACCUUUUGCAGAAAAAGAUCUGAUCUCGAAAGGUUAUGAUCUCAGCAAAGCCUAGCAGAAGGUGCAUAAGUUGAUUUAUUAUACACCUUGUGCAUAUUUAUUGAAGAAUGGCUGAAGGAAUAUCAAGCUUUUGGGGUCCUGUAACCUCUGUUGAUUGGUGUGAAAAAAAUUAUGUCUAUUCUUCUUAUAUUGCAGAGUUUUUCAAUACCAUAUCAAAUAUCCCGAGUAUUCUUUUGGCUCUCGUUGGCCUCACAAAUGCACUGAGACAACGGUUUGAGAAGAGGUUUAGUGUACUUAACAUAUCUAAUAUGAUACUUGCUAUUGGAAGCAUACUGUACCACAGCACGUUACAACAUAUGCAACAACAAGGUGAUGAAACACCAAUGGUAUGGGAAAUGCUUUUGUAUUUCUACAUCCUUUACUCACCCGAUUGGCACUACCGAAGUACAAUGCCCAUCUUCUUGUUCUUCUAUGGAGCUGCAUUUGCAGUUGUUCAUGCAUUGGUUCGAUUUGGAAUUGGCUUUAAGGUGCACUAUGCUAUACUGUGUCUUCUCUGCAUACCACGGAUGUACAAAUAUUUCAUUUACACAAAUGAUGUGUCCGCAAAGCGGCUUGCAAAGUUCUAUGUGGGCACCAUUUUCUUGGGGAGUCUAUGUUGGCUCUUGGAUCGCGUACUUUGUGAUGAAAUUUCUCAGUGGCUGUUCAACCCCCAGGGGCAUGCUUUAUGGCAUGUCUUCAUGGGUUUCAAUUCAUAUUUUGCAAACACAUUCUUGAUGUUUUGUCGUGCUCAGCAGUUAGGAUGGGAUCCAAAAGUUGUCCACUUCAUGGGCUUUUUCCCAUAUGUUAAAGUUCGAAAACCAAAGACCAAGUGACAUUGCUGGAAAUUAACCAGUCUUGUUUCGCCUCAUUUGGAGGUAGCUAUAUGGUUUUGGCAGAUAAACAAGCGGUAGCAGCCACAAUUUUUCCAUCCUGUCUUCAAAGUGGAUGUAAAUGAUAGUUGAAUGUUGAGAUCUUGAGUUGGAUUUUGGUUGAUUUAAGUUGUAUAACUAGUGGUUUUGCUUAGAAAGAAAAUGUAUGGUCUGUGUACCAUAUAUUAUUUUCAGAUCAAAUAGGUCCAUGAUUCUGUAAACCUGAAAAUGUAUGCUCAAUGUAUUUGUUUUGUGAUUAAAAA